ACAAACAUUAAACGUUUUACAAAAAAUUCUACACAGUGUAGUCUUGGCUCAAUCUUGAUCAAUAUAAAAUGGGAUCAUAAAUGCUAUGAAAAGUUUUGAUUUGCACAAUUAUCUGAGAGGCAGUAGUUAUAAGAUAAUAACUGCAGUGAUAUAGUAAGAGGCUUUCUCGAGUUGAUUGUUUUCGAUUAGUGCCAUUUUCGUCGAUGGAAUAACAUUUAUUGAUCAGUUUCGUUGCACGUAACAUUGCACCCUGAUAGUGAGCUGGCGCAAUUACACGGCUAAAGCCAUGAUGAACGAUAACGUUGUCAAGGUAAAGGACGUGCUGUUGCUAAACGAACGCGUCUUCUCGAUGAUAGACGUAUGGCCCUUGAAAAAGAGUCAGAAAAGAUUCCUUAUGUACGCGUCUUAUCUCACCAUCCAUAUGGUGAUAAUGUACAUGAAUUUGUUCGACGAGUUUGGCAAUCUGGAGGCGAUGGUGGAUAACAUAAUCGACAGCACAAUUGCCACUGCCACGUACGUCAUAUUGUUCAUAAUCCGGUUCAGCAAGCAGAUGAAACGAGCGAUAGUUACUGUGAAACAGGAAAUAGCCGAGAGCGAAUUUAACGACGAGGAAGAACAGCGGCUGUAUUUCAAAUAUCACAGGAUCUCGGAUCGAUUCGGCAGGUAUGCGGUUUCGACGACCGCGACGAUAGCCGUCCUGUGGUACUUGAAACCUGGCCUGCAGUUAUUGAAACCAAGUUCCGAGAAAAGAAACACAACGUUGGAACCUUACGAAUUGCCUUUCCGAGUCCACGCGUUUCUCAGCUAUCAAGACGAUUUGAAUAAUUUUCUUGUCAUGUAUUUCUACCAAUUUCCAUUAAUGUUUAUAGCAAUGUGCCAUAUAAGCUCAGUUAGUUUGUUACUCAGCCUGGAGAUGCACGUCUGUAGUAAAUUCUCGAUCUUGUCGUAUCGCAUACAGACUAUACCAACGAAAUCUGGCAUUAAUCUCAACAAAAAAAUUAAAGAAUUCGUGAACGGUCACGUACAAUUAAUAUCGACAGCGAAUUCUAUCAAUUCAGCGCUAGAGAUAUUCCUUUUAAUCGAACUAUUGCAAACGAGCAUUAGAAUGGCUGUACUUAUAUACAUGAUGCUUAUAAAUCCCAAUGGAGAUUUGGUCAGCGCUUUCACCUACGGUUUGUAUAUCGCUAUAGUCACAGCCAUAUUGUAUUUGUACUCCUUCAUAGGCGAACAUUUAUCGUACGAGUCGACAAAAGUGAGCGAAGCAUAUUACGACACAGAUUGGCAUAAUCUGUCAGCUGAUAAUCAAAAGCUGUUGCUCCUCGCUAUGUCCUCUGGUCGACGAACGCUGCACGUGACAGCUGGGAAAUUUUAUACUUUUUCAUUAAACGGUUUCAUCGAUAUCGUGAGAACCUCGUUCGGAUACGUCUCUCUUUUACGCGCGCUGGUCUAAUGCGAGACAAAAGAAUUUACGUAACAAUGUUUUCGUUAAUAUAGAUCACGAACGUAUUCAUUACGUUCAAUCAGUUCAAUAGGCAUUGUAGAAUGCUACGAAUAAAUUCUUUAAACAUAAUUUAGAGUAUAUUUCGUUAUA